AUUGUAAUCCAGCCUCUCUAGCACUGCUAGCUCGGCUGCUCAGUCUGCAGUCGGUGUCCUCUGGUUUCGGAGCAGGUUGGACGAUGUCUCUCUGCGCGCAUCCUUUCCUGCUGGCCCUGCUCCUGGGAGCUAACGUGUUCAUCAGCAUUCACGCCCAAGAGGCGGGAGUGUCCGAGACGUGGACCAGCAGAUCUUGCAAAUGUGAUUGUGGUGAAUCCCCGACCGAGUUUUCGACCAUUGGGGGCGGAUCUUCCGUGGUGCGAGGAGUGGACUGCAUGCCAGAGUGUCCGUACCACAAGCCUCUGGGCUUUGAGGCGGGGUCGGUGAGUCCAGACCAGAUCACCUGCUCCAGCCAGGACCAGUACACCGGCUGGUUCUCCUCGUGGCUCCCGAGCAAGGCCCGGCUCAACACUCAGGGCUUCGGCUGCGCCUGGCUGUCUAAGUUCCAGGACAGCAGCCAGUGGUUGCAGAUUGACCUGAUGGAGGAGCUGGUGGUGUCGGGGAUUCUCACUCAGGGCCGCUGUGACGCCGAGGAGUGGAUCACCAAGUACAGCCUUCAGUACCGCACGGACGAAAAACUCAACUGGAUCUAUUACAAGGACCCGACUGGCAACAACAGGGUGUUCUAUGGAAACUCUGACCGCUCCUCGUCCGUGCAGAACCUGCUGCGGCCGCCCAUCGUGGCGCGCUACAUCCGCAUCCUCCCCCUCGGAUGGCACACACGCAUCGCUCUGCGCAUGGAGCUGUUGCUCUGCAUGAACAAAUGCAUCUGAAUCCCCUCCCCCCCCCGAAUCUUCAUCAAUACCUAAAUCCCCCCCCGUCGUGUUGAUUCCGUGGUCUGUUAAUAUAUCCGCAGAUUAGUCCCCCUCUGACUGCACGUAUAGAACCACACGUUUGACUGAUGUGAUCUGAUAUAAAUGUUUGUUCGAAGUGCUCAAUGAGCUUUCAUACAGUCCUCUCUCCAUCGGCCUCAUGCUGGGCCUUUUAUUUGCUGGGUUCUCAACAGAUUGUUCCAAUGAAUUUUGCAAUGAAAUGGAAUACAUUCAAAGCGGUAAUUAGGCGUGCAGAGGGAGAGGCGGCGUUGCCAUGGAGGUUGCAUCCAACGGUCUUAAACAAGCUCUUCCAAAACAUUUGUGUCCUCCUGUGAAGUUUUGUCUGCUUAAUAUUGAACAAUAAACAGAGACCUUUUGUGCUUAUUUCCCCCGAAGGAUAAGAAUGGUGAUAGUCUACAUGUUCUCUCUACUGUCAGCCAAUCCCACAAAAAGACCCAAACCAACAACGACUUCAUCCCAACAACAAAAGGCGUACUUUUUAUUUAUUGCAAUCAUCCCCCAAAACGUUUAGAAACAGAUCGAUGAACCGCAUUGUUGCAUAUGUGCGACAUGCGCCCUCAGUACAGAGAACACAGGCACUGCAGUUUGUGUUGAGUCAAUAACAGACACCGUCCUGCUGUAAUCCGCAGCUGACGAAAGUCUCCAACAAAUGCACCAAUCACUCGUGUUUGAGUAAAGCUUUCUCAAGACUAAAGUGGUCAGCUGCUUUUUGGGAAUCACUCUUUGUUCACUGUAAGUAUAUAAAUUUGACCCCCUUUUGAUUUUCCUCUUUGUUCAGUGUCACACAUUCUCGUGUCUGAGACCGAACAAAGAAGCAGGAAUGAACUAACACGUCGAAUUUGGUUCUUGGAUGGAAUUUGUUGAUAAUAAGAAAAAUGUGGAACAAUGUCAGACCUUUUCUUUAAAUACGCCUGUGAUCUCACUUCCUGUCUUUCCUAAAAACUCUCUUUUUACAGACAUCACUCCCCGGUGCUAUAAAAGAGUCGAGCGACGGACGAUUCACUGCUGUUCAGAUGCGGUUUGGUUUGGUGCUUGACUCCUAAUUUUUGUCUGUAACAUUUCAAUUCACUUUUGCAUGAUACUUUGAGAAUACACUGCAACUCUGAAGAUGUGUUCUUUAUUGUAUCGUCAAACCAUUUCCCUAAUUAAAUGAAUACUAACCAA